AGAGAAGCUCCAGAGGCGAGAAGCAGCAGAAGCAGCAGCAGCAGCAGCAGCAGCAGUGAGCGAACGGCGGCACAGCACCACUUGGACGUUACGCACAGAGUCCCGCAGCUUCCACGACAAGCGACAGCGCGAACAGACGCCGGUGCGCGGUGAUCGGACUCCGUACGGUUUAUCAGAGCAAGCGGGGGAAAACUUUGGAACGAUGCAGUCGGUGUACCAGCACCUGAUCAGCCUGCUGUUUGUCUUCAGCAGCCUGCAGGUUCACCAGCUGACGGAGGGCUGCUCGUGCGCUCUGACGCACCCGCAGGACGCCUUCUGCAGCUCCGACAUAGUGAUUCGGGCCAAAGUUGUGGGCAAGAAGCUGCUGAGAGACGGACCGUUUGGGACGAUGCGCUUCACCGUGAAGCAGACCAAGAUGUACAAAGGGUUCGACAAAGUCCAGCACGUGCAGCACAUUUACACGGACGCCUCCGAGAGUUUGUGCGGCGUCAAGUUUGAAAUCAACAAGUACCAGUAUCUGAUCACAGGCCGAGUGUACGACGGCAAGGUUUACACGGGGCUGUGCAACUUCAACGAGCGGUGGGAGCGUCUGUCGCUGGCCCAGAAGAAAGGCAUCAACCACCGCUACCAGCUGGGCUGCAACUGCAGGAUUAAGCCCUGCCACUACCUGCCCUGCUUCGUCACCUCAAAGAACGAGUGCCUAUGGACGGACAUGCUGUCCCACUUCGGCUACCCCGGCUACCAGUCCCGGCACUACGCCUGCAUCCAGCAGAAGGAGGGCUACUGCAGCUGGUACCGAGGCAUGACCGCCCGCGAUAAAACCACCAUCAACGCCACCGACCCCUGAACCCACCACCAACCCCAAACCCCCCCCCCCCCCCCAUCCGUCCCUCCAUCCGCCCCGAUCACUUUUUAGAGAAUCACGGGACUCUUCGAUGCUCGCUGGCCUGGGUGAGCGCCCACUUUACCAAACAAAAGGGGCAAAAAAAAGAAAAAAAAAAGAAAAAAAUCAAUUACAGUGCCUGUUCGUAGCACUUCGGAUAGAAAACAAUACCUUUUUUUGUUGUUGUUGUACAGAUCACCCUGUAAAUCUAUGAUGUUUUCCCUCCCCUACGCUACCGAGCUGUCUCUUUAUGGUUCAGUGGUGUUGAAAAGGUGGCAAAGACACAACGGGGCCAAUAAGACGUAUAAGACUUUGAUCAACCUCUGGUGUAUUAUCAGGCAAGCGAGGACUCUGAAAACUAAAAAUUUAAAGUACAGAACGCAGCCAAUAACCUUUUCCAAAUCCAGAUUUCGUGCCAACAAUGCGAGGUGUGAUCGGUGAAAUUUUAAACCUCUUAUUGGGCUUCUGAAAACGGUAUUGUUUCACAGUGAAGUACACAUGGAUUCACAGUUUUUUACUGUAACGUGUCUUUUAUGGUGGUAGAAUCUCUGCUUCCCCCUUGAACGUUUGCGGCGUAACUCAUUUUGCAGUUGCGCCACAAACGCCGUCCUUUACGUUGUGCACUGAGAAAACAAACAAACUUUAAAAAAAACAAAGAAACGACGCAGUGCCAACGCUGGGAAGAGCUCUUUUUCUUGCAGAGAGAAGUGAUAUUUUAUUUUUUGCUGUAUAUAACAUAAGCUACAGAAAUCAACUCAGCUGAAACCUCUGUAAUACAUGUAUGUAUUUAUUCAUGUUUAUUGGAUUAACCGUGUUAUACAUGAUGUGCCGAAGAGAAUAUAUAUAUAUAUAAAUAUAUAUAUAUAUACAAACAGGCCAAAAUACAUUGUAAAAACCAGCGCAGCAUGUUAAACUGACCAGCAUCUGCAAGUUAGAUAUUAUGGUACUUUUUUUUUUUUUUGCUUGAUCAUAGUUUCCCCCCGACUGGUACUCUUUACCAAUCCAAUAAAAGUGCAGAACAAGCAGAGGUUUCAGAGAGAUAUGAGAUAUUUUGUAUGUGUAUAUUCAAUCUUUUGUAUUUAACUAUUUGAAAUGGACAUUAUAUAUAUAAAUGAAAGUAACAAUAUUGUCACUAAAUUCAUUCUUCUUCACCUGUUCCUAUCUAGGGUUUUUUUUUUUUCUUAUUUCCCUUCAGUCCAUUCCAUUAACGGACACGGAGUCGCCUCAAACGGAGAAACGGCCUCUUCGUCACUCAUUCUGAAAGAGAAUAAAGAGCUUUGACCGAGUUGGUUUGACGACCAACGUGGGGUUAGAGUCUGACAAUUUGUAGUUAAAUGCGAUUAAUCAAAAUUUGGUGCAUGUCACCACAUUAGAUCUGUAUUGUGUCCUCUUGAUGGUCAAAGCAGUUCAUCAGUAUGAAACGAAACUGUCGUAUUAUUGUCGUAUAAUUGGCUCUAAGGCGUGUUGUAAACUCCACCAAUUAGGCGAAGGUCGGCGUGACAUAAAAUUUGAGCGUCUACGACAUGUUAAUGAUUAAUUGUUAAUUGAAUGAAUUAAUAGUUUAUUCUAGCAAAACUACAUGAACUGAGAAGAUAGAAGACGACAAGCAGUUUAACUGUAUUGUAGAUUUGCUGUAGUACCUGAUUUUGCCACCAGGUGGAGCCUCUUACUGUUUGGAGAAACGGAGUUACAGGUGUGUUCGCUGACCGUCCAUAAGGGCAGCUGCAUAAAACGUACUAAAAAUACUGAGAUUUGCUGGACCAAUAAAGUUGCUGCAACCGUAUUUGUUGACAUCAUGGAUAUAAAAUCGCUCUUAAGAGAAUAAUACAGGUUAUUAACGAUUUUAGGCUACUUGUUUGCUGCGUAACUUCGCAACUUGGAUGAUUGAUUACUGCUGUGCUUGGCUGAUGAUUAAGUGAAUCCCCAGUCAGCACUAGCUGGAAUAGACCUCAAAUGAAAGGUCUAACUAUAAAUUUAUACAACAAUAAACAUUAAAAUAGGAAUAAAAUCUUCCUUAUCUGCAAGAUUUAUUUGUAACAGCAUUAAAGUGAGAAUAAUAUCGCCUUAACUUCAACAGCCCCCAGCAUAAAUAUGUCACAAAUUUGUGAUAAAUAUGCUUUUUUUACCUUCUUAUUCAUCGUUAGAUAUGAAACUUGUCCCCACUCGUGUCUAAAUAUGAAGCUUGAGACAGCAGCCACUUAGCUUAGCUUCCAGUUCGUGUAAAAUCGACUUACAGUUACAUACGAGGAGUCUUGGAGGUUUUGAUUUUAAAGCUUAUAUUUUCCAGAAUGUCUUUAAAUUUUAUCACUUUAAUUCCAACAUGAGAAAAAAUAAGUAUUUCCCAUUUUUUUUAAUAAAAAUGUUUCGACCACUUUUAUAAAUCCAUCUGCUGAAUUCGGUUUAAGAACAAUGCAAACCAGUUUUCCACAGCAUCUAAUGUCGUGACGACGAGGCCGUUUCCUCCAGCCGGGGCGUUUCUGCGUCAUUAUUUCUGUGGUUCAUGUUGGUGUAAAUAUACUGUCUGCUUAACACAGAAACACUCGGUCAAGCUUGAUCCUUUGAAAACACAAAUGAUGACAAAAAAAAAAGAAAAAAAUAAGAAAUCCAAUCAAGGAAGCUGUGUACAGUCUGUGUUUAAACACUGAUUCCUGAACUGUGUGGGUGGGUGGGGGGGUGUUUCCUUGUCUGGGUUAUAGAAAUGUUUGACUUAAUUUCUGUGUUUUAUAUUUUUAUAAUAAAGAUUUAAUGGAAAAAAACGGGA